GUAGAGCUGGGUAAACAAACUGGGAGGACUGAACACAGGCAGCAGCAGGGACUUUUCAGGCUUUGGGUGGACAUUUGAUGUAGUUUCUAUUCAUUUUAUACCAUUUGUAACUGUUUUUCCUGAAUACUUUGAAUACUUUGCCACACUCGUUUUUCGAUUUUUGAAACGGCUGAAAAUCUGAAUCACUAGGCUGCUAGCUACCUGUGUUGCAUAUUAAAACUGGGCAGAUAUUUUUCGACAGGGCUUUUAAUUACAGAGCCAGCAAACAAAAUAGCUAACAAGACGAAGACAUUCAUGAAGUAACGUUUUGUGUUAUACUCAACGAGGAACAAUUAUUCCGAUUUUGGAUCUUGAACCGCAAUAGUACCUGUCUUUGAAAUAGUAUCACAAGUUGUAGAAAGGUUUCGCUAACGUUCGCUAGCUCCAGCAGAAUGACGGCAGUGCAGUUGAUGAACAUCCAGAGGUUAUUGGAAGCGGCAGAAUAUCUUGAUAGAAGGGAGAAAGAGUGUGAACACGGAUAUGCAUCGACGUUUCCGUCGUCAAUUCAGAACACGAACUACCAGAGGCAAAAUAAAUUUCGAAACAAGAAGUUCCACAAUAACCAUAACAGGUCUACACAUAAUGAGUUGGAGAAGAACAGGAGAGCCCACCUGCGUCUGUGUUUGGAGAGGUUGAAGGCCCUCAUCCCUCUGGGAAAAGACUGUAACCGCCACACUACCCUGGGGCUGCUCAACAAAGCCAAAUCACAUAUUAAGAAACUUGAAGAGGCGGACCGUAAGAGCCGUAACCAGCUGGACAGUCUGGAGAGGGAGCAGAGGCACCUCCAGCGCCAGUUGGACCUGCUGCAGGGGGGCACCGGGUCCGGGGUAGGAGGCACUGGGCCGGGGGAGGGAGAGAGGAUACGCAUGGACAGCGUGGGCUCCACCCUCUGCUCCUCCGAGCACUCGGACUCGGACCAAGAGGAGAUUGAGGUGGACGUGGAGUCUACAGAGUUCUCGGAGCACGGGGAACUGGACUCGGUUUCUACGGCCUCCACCAGCGAUCUAGACGACCACAGCAGCCUUCAGAGUCUAGCCAGCGACGAGGGCUACUCCAGCUGCAGCAUCCUCAAACUCUCCUCAGCCUUCUCCGGAUCCUCCUCAUAGGAGAUGGCUGUUGGGUGUAGACUCCUCCCCCCCCGGCUCCAAUCUGCAACCUCGGGGGGCUAAAUUAACAUCCAAAGACCAACCACCUGAACCUGUCCAGCGACGAAGGUUACGAGGGCAAACGUUAAUCCAGCGUCCUCGUCAAACUCAGCGCCUUCUCUGACCGGCCGAUUAGAGUUGUCUCCAGCUCCAACCUGCAAACACCUUGGCCUCCAUCCACCACCCCUGUUGUGUGUCGUCAUGUCACCCAUCUACAUGUAUCAUCGCCGACUACACCAUCGCCAUGGCAUCCCUCAAGUGGCGCCCUGACAUCCUUCUAACUUCCUGUCUGUAACCCCUCGCCAUCGCACCAUCCUUCGCUCUGCUCCAACUCGCUGCUGAACCUCAACCCCCAGUCUGAGAACAACCCUCCCCCCCUCGGAACCCCUCAACCCCCCUCCGUCCCAAGCAGAAGGUCCAACCCAACAUGAAGAACAGAGAUUGAUCCAAACACAGAACCAACCUUUAUUUUGAGAAUCUGAAUAAGAGCAAUGGUUUGAGAUUAGAUUUGGACUUGGGUGGCUUUAUGAAUGGUUGAAACUGAAGAUGAAAAAGGAUGUAUUUUUAUAUGCUGGGAUCAGCAUUAUCUUUGGUUUUAUUGCAGACAUAAUCGAAGGGAAUUAGACCCUCUAUUUUUAAAUCAAACAAUUGAUUAAGUUAUUUUAGAAUCAAACAACCCCAUAUUUUAGCAUCAGAAAUGCACUUACAUUUCUAAUAUAUAUUAGAAUAUUUUCUGAUGAGUUUUCUGAGUUUUAAAACCUUGUUUGGUUCUGUGUGUUUGAGUGUUUGCUCUGGUCUUGUGUCUGAAGUCAAGUCAAUGUUCUGCUGGACUUAAAAACCAAUUUGGGAACAAGUGGUAAUUUGGACACAGACUCUGUGGAAUGUCAAGAAGUCUACUUGCCAUAUCAACACAUUUUGGCCCUUGAACAACGCUCCUUUUUAUUUUACAUUUCUUGUCUUUGUGGGUUUUUAUUACCACUGUGCAACCACAGCACUGCAUCCAACAGACACUUGAAAUGGUGCUACCUGAAACAGCAACAACAAACCCAUCCACAACGCAGCUCAAACGCUUGUACAACCAACGAUCCUUGUCUGCCGUGUCAUACAGGACGUUUCCAUCCGAACGAAUGGAGGAGAAACAAAAACAUGCAUCAUAUGCAUUCCCAUGGAACGUGGGCGGUGCUCGGUGUGGAAAUCAAUCUUCAAAUGUGUUUUUACAACAACGCAGCUACCACAACAAGCUAUCCUGCACCUGCCUACCUUAUAGCUGUUUAUAGAAACAAAUCGGCACAAUUUAAAAAGAAGGAAUAGCAAGGAUCUUUGGACUAUAGAGACAACAUCCAUCCUUUCUCUAUCCAGCCGUAACAAGCAAUAACCGUUUCUAGUAUUUUUGUUUAUUUGAAAUUUCGACCAUUUGACCUCCUGUUUUCCCCCCCUCUCUUUUCCAAGGCAACAGACCUGUGGCCGUCCAAAAAAAGCUCAUUCAACUUGCUUAGUUUUUUGUACAUAAUUAGAUAGCUUACAAAUAGCUUAAUAAAUUAACGAUGAAAAAAGGAGUGUAAAAAAAAAGUUUGACAACUUGUGUAUAGAAAAAAACCUAUUGCCUCUGUUGCUGUUUUUGACCUUGUGUUUUUGUGCAUUUUAAAUUAUAUUUUUGAAAAGAUUUAUUCUACUUCUCUCAGAGUGUGACUGGCAAGCGGUCAGUCAGUCGUCCACGUGGCAUGAAUUGGACAGUAAUUGCUUUGUUCAUUUUGCUGGUUGAAACGUUCAAAGGUUACCAUUCUGUAGCUGUCCCCCAUCAACCCCAAGAGAAACGUUCAAAGGUUACCAUUCUGUAGCUGUCCCCCAUCAACCCCAAGAGAAACGUUCAAAGGUUACCAUUCUGUAGCUGUCCCCCAUCAACCCCAAGAGAAACGUUCAAAGGUUACCAUUCUGUAGCUGUCCCCCAUCAACCCCAAGAGAAGUUCCACUUCAUAGUACUUAACUUCAAGUUCAAGACACAACAACAAGAGAACAACAACUAUAUGGCUGUAAUACAAAAUGGCCGCCACCCCAGGACAUCUUCUGUUCAUAAAUACAGAGUUUGUGUGGCACUCUUAUUUAUUCAAACUUGUUUGUUUCUUACUUUUAUUUUGAAAACUCCUAUAUGGCAUUCCACUGGUGGUAUCUCGUGAGCUGUGGUGGAACUCGAGUCUGAAGUGACAGCACCAAGGUGUAUGAUGAUGUCAUUGACUGUGUGUGUACAUCCUUAGCCCUUGUUACUGAAGCGAGCCCAACUUGCACUUUGAAAAGUCUGGUUUUCCACUGGUAUUCACAUAUCUCUUCAUAUGAAAGAACAAUCCCACCCUGACCCUUGAGUUUUUGAAGUUUAUAUAUUUAUUAGCCUAUUUCUCCAUCCCUCACAGAACCAACACAGAUUGAGAAAAAAAUGAAAAAAGUUAACUUAUUUGGUUUCUGUCUUAUCUUAUUACUCUUCCUAUUUUUUAAUGAUUUUAUCCCUUAUUUUAAGAUUUAAUGUUUAAAAGUGAAACAAUUGUUGUUUCCCAAAUGGCACCCUAUUCCCUACAUAGUGCACUACGUUUGACCAUACUCUGUCAAAAGUAGAGCACUAAGUAGGGAAUAGGGUGCCAUUUAGGAAACAGACCAUGGUGAAUCGUAGUGAAGUCAUACCAGGCUAAUGUUGUUUUGUUAGACGGACACUUGAAAUGUCCCCAAGCUGCUCCCAGUACUGAGCCUUGCCUCUCAUGCAUCCACGGUCGAGUUCCAAACUGACCCCAAGCUGCUCCCAGUACUGAGCCUUGCCUCUCAUGCAUCCACGGUCGAGUUCCAAACUGACCCCAAGCUGCUCCCAGUACUGAGCCUUGCCUCUCAUGCAUCCACGGUCGAGUUCCAAACUGACCCCAGGCUGUAUGGUCAUCUUCUCCUUCUCUGAUAGGCUGGGUGGAGUUUUUGUCCUAACGGUUUACACCUAUCCAAUAAUCCUAGAAUUUGCUAGGAGGGGAUGGGGGUGUAGGGUCAAGGGGUUGAUUUUGGACUCAGCCUACAAUAGCCAAGUCUAAUGGGCAAAUACUGAGCCAGCUACUAUACAAAAUGGGGGCUAACUAACUAACUCCACACUCUAGUAGGAAGACAAGUAGUAGUCUUUACUAGAUUAUGUUUUAGUCAACAAAAUGUGUCUUACAUUUACAAAAAGCCUCAGAUUAAUAUUAUUGAGAUCAAAAACCUAUGGUUUCAACGAAGGACAUCAUUCAAGGUGUAAAGUUAAGAGUGUAAUCUUGAGGGAUUUCAUGAUCUCCUCAAAUUUGGAUGGUUCACUGACUAUGGUGCUUUCUCGAUAGAAACAAGCCAAACGACCUCAGAACACCAACAGUGUCCUCUUCUCUUUCACAGGGGGCAGAUUACUUCACUCUCCUUCAUUUACACUUUUAUCUUCUAGCGCUUUUUUUUGUCGUUUUUUGAACCUGCACUAUGAGAAAAAAGGGCCCAUAUUUAAUGAAAAACGGUGUUUUUCCCCAAUCCCCUCUCUCUUUUGUGUGUGUUGUCUGGUGUCCUUAGUGCGGCCAUAUAAGUGAUACCUGCUUUUGCCUGUGUAUGGCUAGCAGUAUGUUGUUUUAUCCAGAUUUGGGGGUCUAUUCUAACUCAGUUCCAAUCUGUUCAGUUCAAGAUGGGAAUUUCUUACCUGGUAUCCAAACUGAAUUCACAUUCCAUUUUGCAGAUGGAAUUUAGAUGGAAUUGACCUCCACCCUGAAUAAUGUCACUCCAGUGUGCUAGGUAUUGGUCUUAUAGACAAUGACUCGGAGGGGGGGAACGAAUAGCCUGGGACCCAGAUCUGUUUGUGCUGUCUUUCCAACUCCUGUGGUCAUUCUGGUCAAGACAGCACAAACAGAUCUGGGAACCAGGUUAAGGCAGAAUGAAUGGGUAAAAGUAGAUACAACUAUUCCCACCUCCAAACAGGACAGACCUAGCCUGGGUUAAACUAGGCUGAAUGCUGUGAUACAAGUUAGCGUAGCAUUCAGUCUGGUUUAACCAGGCUAUAGGAGAGACUAUAGUCCCCUUGUUGUUCAGAUGAACUCUGUGGCCAUCAAUCCUUUGUAGAACAUGCUCUCUGAUGAUGAUGAUUCUCGCUGUGUAAGUUUGAAAAUGCAAUACUUACAAUAAAACACCAAGAUUUUCAAACCGGAA